GUACGUAAUUCGGAUAUAUGACGCGCACGAACGGCCCUGUUCGACGCUGUUCGUUUAAGUCUGUCUUGUUGUGGUUUUAGAGCUGAUGAGGCUACUCCUGUCGUCUCUGCUGAGCGCUGCUGAUGUGGCUGCCUGCAUCACUGAUCAUUGGUUGCUGACCCAAUGAUCAUUCAUCUGCAUUCUCUGAAUCAACCAACCAUAACCGGGCCCGAAAGAGGAAGACACCAGCAGAUGUCCUCAAGGCGUACCCUGGGUUUACUUGCUCGCUUACUGUGGUUAUUGAGUCUGAGGCAAAGGGUGCGAUUCAAUGGGAUUGCCAAGAAGUGCUUGAUGGAAUUUUGGACGCUGUGGUCAUGAGGGAGGAGGAGGAAACGCUUUCUACUCUUCUCAGUGUCACGAAAGCUACCAGGUCACUGUUCCACCACGACAACCCAACAACCAUGCCAGGGGGAAGCUUUGUAUCGGCAAGUUUACUGCAGAGUCUGUCAAAGGAGGCCACGAACUUCUUCGAAGCAAACAUUGCGUUGCAUGAGGACCCCAUGAGCGUUGCAGUGAAAACUACAGGGCAAAGCAAGUCCCCACGUUGGAAUGCUGAGCGAAAAUUCCGCAUAUCAAGCACCAAGGCACAUGGUGUGUGGAUUAGGAAAAGGGACUUUGAAAGCCUAGUAAACAGGAUGCUUUCGCAAAAAAAGUUCACAAGUCGGGCUACCUCAUACGGCACACGCAAUGAAAGCGUUGCACGGAAAGCACUUGAGGCGCUGUUAUCUACAAAGAUCUUUGAGACUGGACUGGUAGUUCUCCCGUACCAACCAUGGCUAUGCUGCAGCCCAGAUGGCUUGGUCUGCAUCAACGGGGAGACCGUCGUGACAGAAAUUAAGUGUCCAUAUUCGAGAGAGGGCUUGCCUGUAGUGGACGAAGCAGGAAAGGUGUCCUUUGUCAAAUACCUAACAUACGUCGAUGACAAGCUCACCCUGAAAAAGUCUCACGAAUACUUCACUCAAAUCCAGGUCCAGAUGUAUAUAAUGAACUUGAGCAAGGCGAUCUUGUACGUGUACAGCUCUGUGCAAAGUGUGUACCUCUAUAUUAACAGGGAUGACGAGUUCCUUUUGCCCCUGAUCGCAAAGUUGGAGCAUUUCUUUUUCACUAAACUGUUACCGUGUCUUCAGCCACAAAAUGUUUGUGUUUCUUAAUGUGCAUAUUCGUUUCGGCAUGUGUGAUAGCUCCUGUACAUAGUUGUAAUAAAGCGUUUAAUUCUCUGC